GUUGAUUUAAUGAAUGCAACUAAAUGUUAUAAGCUGGCUAGCCAAACGUCUUAAGUAUUCGUAGGCCAACUAACCAUAAUUUACGGACAUGGAGCCAUCAGUCUCAAUUGUGAAAGAACUUGCAGAACAAUUAACCCUUGAACAAAGCCACAUUAAUGUAGAUGACGUGAUCGAAAGGCUUUUCCAGGAGGUGUCCUUUGACAAAUCUUUCGGACCUUUGGAUCCUCAGAUGGAGGAGAUAGCCAUACAGCUUUGGAACUGGGCAGUGACCAAGCGAGUGGGCCCAGAAAUAAAUGAACAUCAGAGGGCAAAAGUGCGUCAUGUGGCGUGUAAGUUGGUACAUUCAUGUGGCCAGGAGAAUCCACCAGAAAACGCCAUCCGCAUGAACAUUCUGAUAGCAAGCAAAACUGGCAGGACAUGGCUUGACUGUAAAAAGCCUAACUUGGCAGAUGAGUUCCUCAGCCUGGCUGUGAAGAGCCUGGAGAGACUUUACAGCAGAUUAAUAUCCCGUGGAGAUGGAGAUUCAGAUAUCAACAUGCCCAAAGCAGACGUGGAGAAGGACCUGCUGCGGGUGCUGUCUUAUCAAGCUGAAUCUGCUGUUGCUCAGGACAGACAUCAGGAGGCUGUUGAGUGUCUGCUGCGCUGUAGAGAGAUGCUCCAGCGGCUGCCCAAAGAGACUGGCUAUCUGUCUCUAAUGUGUUACAACUUUGGAGUUGACUCCUACAAUCAAAGGAAAUAUGAGGAAAGUUCGUUUUGGUUGAGUCAGAGUUAUGACAUCGGGAAGAUGAAUGUGAAUUACUCCCCAGGGACUAAAGUGCAAGCAAAAGUAUUGAGGCUCCUUGCAACAGUAUAUGUUGAGUGGGAUUGUCAGCGGUUUAAGGAGAAAGCUCUGAGUGCCAUCAGCUUAGCCAAUAAGGAGUGCAUCUACCCCGCUGGGCUGUACCUGAAGAUCCGCAUCCUGCUGAGGAGUGGAGCCCCUGAGGAGCAGGUCAGAGCAGCACUCACUGAGCUCCUGGAGUGUGAGGUGACUCUUGACAUGUGUUUAAGCGCCGUCAGGCUGCUGAUGGGGGAGGACAGAGAGUUGCUUGCCUUUGACUUCCUUAAGAAGUUGUGCCAGCACUUCCAGUCAUCCCCCGAUCUUGGCUCUGCCCUGGUGCUUCACAUCGAGCUGCUGCUGCAGAGAGGCAAGGAGCUGCUGGGCAAGCAGAAGAUUGAAGAUGUCAUCACAGGCCACUACACAGGGCAGCCCCUGCCUCCACAGACUCUCACCACACUCCACCUGCUGCUGUGGGAUCGAGCCUGCAAACACUUUGAGGCCAAAGACUACUCCGAGGCCUUACAGUGGUAUGAUUUCUCUCUGAGUUUCUACAAGCGGGGGCAACUCGAUCCCAAUCUGGCCAAACUGCAAAGGAACCGAACCUCCUGCUUUCUGAACCUGCAGCAGCUGGAGAAGGCAAAAGAGGCGGCCACGGAAGCGACCAGAUGUGAUCCAAACAGCAUCUUCAGUCACUUCAGCAUCUACAAGAUUGCCAUUCUGGAGAAGGAUGUGGACAAAGCCACACAGGCAGUGAAGCAGAUUGGGCUCCUGGCCCAGGCCCCGGUGAGCGGUGAGGACCAGGUCCUGUUGAAGGAGAACGCUGCAGCUCCCCUCCUCAGCCUGGCUGCUCAGAUGGCCCUGGAGAACGAGCAGCAGGAAACGGCCAUGAAGGCCCUGGAGGGUCUGUGUGAACACUCACAGGAUGGAACGCAAGUGCUCACUGGCCUGAGGUGUUUAGUCAGACUCUUGCUGUCGACAAUGGAGAACACAACUGAGGAGAAGAGGAAUACCAGCCAGGAUAUGCUGCUGUCAUAUGUGAAGAUGGCCCAGCAGAGAGUGUCCAGGCUGAGUCCCGGAGCCCAGCGCACAGACGAGGCCCACUGGUUCAGGAGGAUCGCCUGGAACUGUGCCCUGCAGUGUGAGAGCGCUCCAAUCAGGAUGAAGGAUUUCUUUGUGAUGUCUUACCAGAUGUCUCUGCUCUAUGUCGCUGCUCUGUUAGAUGUGAGUCUGGAUGUGAGUGUUGUGUUUGUGUCCCAGAUGUCGCUGCUCUGUUGGAUGUGA